AUGAUUUUUACAUAUCUGUACUUAUUCAUGGCUAAUUUCCAAUACAAUGAUGGUAUCGCAUAUUUGGUGAGUUUUGUACAACUGAAUACAUUGACAUCUUCAUUAUUUAUUUCUACUCACAGGUUUGGUAUUUUAAUCUUGCUGAGUGUUGUGAAAAGUAUGAAAUCAUCAUCGAUAGAAGUUAUUGGACAUCGUGGUGCAUCUGGUUAUCUUCCAGAACAUACAUUACCUUGCAAAGCUCUUGCUUAUGGUCAAGGUGUUGACUAUCUCGAACAAGAUGUUGCUCUAUCAAAGGAUAAUGUACCUAUUGUCAUUCAUGAUAUUUAUUUGGACGAAAUCAGUGAUGUGGCUAGUGUAUUUCCUGGACGUAAUCGCUCAGAUGGUCGUUUUUAUUUAAUUGAUUUUACAUUGGCAGAAAUCAAGCAAUUACGCGCUAGCGAACGUUUCAAUCAUCAAACAGGCAAUCCAAUAUACCCAAAUCGUUUCCCUCUUCAUCAAUCAACAUUUCAUUUGGUUACUCUAGCUGAAGAACUCGAAUUUAUUGCUGGCCUCAAUAAAGCUAAUCUCGAUAACAAACGACAAGUAGGUGCUUAUGUCGAAAUUAAAAAUCCUUCGUUUCAUGCCAUGGAAGAUCAUCGCAACAUGAGUGAGAUUGUUCUUGAAGUUUUACGAAAAUACAACUAUUCAAAACGGUCCGACAAUAUUUAUUUACAAUGUUUCGAUAUAGAUGAGUUAAAACGUAUUCGUUCAGAGUUACGAUCGGAUUUGAAACUUGUUGCCCUCCUAACGGAUAAUAGAGAACGAGAUGAAUACAGUAAAACUGAUUAUACAUAUUGGACAAGUCGGAUUGGUAUGGCCAAUCUAUCAACAUUCGUUGAUGCAAUUGGUCCACAUUACGCACAGUUGUAUGAACAAGGCAAUACUUUACAACCGUCGGAAUUAUAUUACGAAGCACGAAAGCAUAAAUUACUCAUUCAUCCAUAUACAUUUCGUAGUGACGUUGUCCCGUCAUUAUUUGCCACAUUUGAUGUUAUGUUACAAUUUUUCCUUGAUAUUUUACGAAUUGAUGGAUUAUUUACUGAUCAACCGGAUCGAGUUAUUCGAUAUAUUGAAUCAACACAAAAAUUGAACAAAGCAGUCAAAUUUCAUAGUUUCUCUUUUGGUAUUUUUAUUUUGUCCAUUGCAUUAAUAACAUUAUGA